AAUCGCGGUCGGGCCAGACUUUAUCCACACGCUGCCGUCCUUCCUGAUCCUGAUAGCCGUGGUACUCGUCCUCUGGAAGAAUCCUCCGUCCUCCGCGCGGCUCGUGGACAUCGUAGGCGCGACACUCAUUUAUAAAGGGUUUCAGGUACAAACAAUCUUUCCGAUCUCCCGCGUUAGCUAAUGUCCUUCCGUACAUCUUUCAAGAUAUUAGUCAGCUGGAUUGCGGUUACCGCGCUUUUAUGGCUAUGGCUGAUCCUCCAAAGAAUACUCUAUUGCAGCGUCUGGCAAUAUUGGAGUUACGAAACUGAAUAUCGAGAUAUUUCGUAUCCCUGGUGGCAACAUGUUUGGUCCUCAUACUAUCCUGUAUCUGUACAAUCACCGGUGAUGUCAGCCGGUUUUAUCAGUUGGAUUAUCGCAAUGUCGAUUGCGACAAUUGCUUUGGGAUGCGCAAACUCUACGGAUCGUCUGGAAACUUUCGUUAAAGAAUCUUUUGCUAAAUUUCAAGACGCACUUGCGAUAACCAAAUCUUGCGUAGAAUGGUCGCAGAACGGAAUGCAAGAGAUACCCAUAACUACUGAAGAGAACGCGGCAAUGGACGAUGGUGAGAUCAGCUCAGUUUGCGACGAUCACUCGGAAAUCUCGAAUGACACAAACAACGUGGCCCGCGGAGAUGUACAUCCGAUUUCCUACGGAACGAAUUGGAUGCCACAACCAAAUUUCUCUGCCUUGAAAGAAGCGCAACGAAAACUAUCGAUAAAAUCCUUUCACACGGUGACAGGUGUAAACGACGUUCAGGAUCCUGACAAAUUCAUGGCUAAGCAAGUAAGACAUCGACGCGGCUGUCACACUGUAAUACCGAACAAUUCCAGCGAGCAAUCGAGCGAAUGUUGAAGGAACAUAUCAAUGUUAUGAUCAUCAUUAAAGAAGACUUUGACUGAGCGAUGUGCUCGUGAGAAAAUCGUUUUUCGAAGACGACGCAUCAACUCGGUAGAUGACAUUUAAUUUGCAUAAACGAGACGGCAUUUACACAUGUAUAUCGAUAAGAUUUGUAAUUAUCUGAUAUUUAUGCCAAAAGAAUUUAUAAAACUUUACAGAAAUAUUUUAUACGUAUAAUAUGUAGCACCAAGAUUUUACUUUUGAGAUUGAAUAGUCGAAUGAUCAUUAAAGAAGUGCAAUAGUUACGAUAACGUGCAUAAAAUCGUAUAUCAUCCGAUAUCAAAUAUAUCAAUAGAAUGUGUAUGUAUAUAAAAUUUUUAUAAAUAAAUUGUAUAAAAUUUUAACACA